GAGCAGUCCUGCAGUCUCUCUGGCCCACGAUGGCCAACACAGCAGCCCCGCUGGACAGGGACCAGUUCUGCUGUCCCAUCUGCCUGGACACCCUCAGAGACCCCGUGGCCAUUCCCUGCGGCCACAGCUACUGCAUGACCUGCAUCAGCGACUACUGGGGUGAAGAUGAUUCCUCCAAGAUGAGCAGCUGCCCCCAGUGCAGACAGGCCUUCAACCCCAGACCCAUCCUGAGGAGAAACACCAUCCUGGCCGAGAUGGUGGAGAAACUAUCCGAGGUAUCUGUCCAGGAGUCGCCUGCGUACCAUGCCUCCGUGGGCCCCGGGGAUGUUGCGUGCGAUCUGUGCCCGGCGGGGGCGUCCAGAGCUGUGAGGUCGUGUCUGGUGUGUCUGGCGUCUUACUGCAAAGCCCAUCUGAGAUCCCACAGUGAGGUCCCGGCCUUCAGCAAGCAUGUGCUGGUGGAAGCCACCAUGCAGCUGCAGGAGAGGGUUUGUCCCCGUCACGAGAAGCUGCUGGAGAUGUACUGCCGCAGCGACCAGCAGUGUGUGUGUCUGCUGUGUGUGAUGGACGAGCACAGGGGGCACGACACUGUCUCUGCUGCUGCCGAGAGGGCCGACAGACAGAGGCAGCUGGUGAGGAUGAGGAGGAGCUCCAGGCAGAAGAUCCAGGCCAAAGAGAAGGAGUUGGUGGAGCUGAGGCGGAUUCUGGAGUCCCUGAAGCUCUCAGCCCAGGCGGCGGUGGAGGACAGCGAGAGGAUCUUCACCGAGCUCCUCCAGUCCAUCGAGACGAGGCGCAGGGAGGUGAGGGAGCUGAUCAGAGGCCAGGAGGAGACGGCCGUCAGCCAGACUCGGCAGCUGCUGGACAAACUGGGGCAGGAGCUGGAGAGGCUGAGGAGGAGGGACGCCGAGCUGGAGAGGCUCUGCAGCACCGACGACCACAUCUACUUCCUCCAGAACUGUCAGUCUGUCUCCCAGAAGACGGAGCUCACCGAGUCCCUGAGCGUCACGGUGGUUCCCCUGCUGGAUUUUGGCAAGGUGCAGUCCUCUGUGUCUGCUCUUCAGAGGAGACUGGAGGAUUUAUUCAAGGGAGAACUGCCCAAGAUAUCUCGAGCAGCAAACACGGUGAAGCUCCUGGAGUGUCCAGAGCCCAGAGUCAGACCUGAGUUUUUGUACUAUUCCCUCCAGCUCUCCGUGGAUCCCAGGACGGCCCACAGGGACCUCAGCGUGUCCCAGGACUUGAGGGCAGUGAAGGUCCGGGGCAGGGAGCACUCCGGUGCGGACCACCCCGGCAGGUUUGACUACUGGUGCCAGGUGCUGUGCCACCAAGCCCUGUCCGAUCGCUGCUACUGGGAGGCCGAGUGCAGCGGGGGAGGGGUCAACAUCGCAGUGGCCUAUAAAUCCAUGUCCAGGAAAGGAGAUGGCAACGACGCCCACUUCGGACACAAUGACAAGUCGUGGAGCUUGUUUUGUUCGAAGAAGGGUUGCACCUUCUGGCAUGGGAAUGUGGCGACUAGAAUAUCCACCCCAGCCACGGGGAGGAUAGGAGUGUACCUGGAUCACAAGGCGGGGACUCUGUCGUUUCACAGCGUGUCUGACACCAUGACACUGCUGCACAGAGCCCAGGCCAGGUUCACUGAGCCGGUGUACCCUGGGUUUGAGUUCAUGUGUUUUGGAGUGUCUGUAACACUGUGCCAGGUUGAAUAGCAGAGCUGGGUCGAUUCAGGUGAAGGCGUGUGUCUGUGUGAGCCUGACUGUGGUCUUGCUUUAUGACUUUAACCUGAUUUUGAAAUGUUUGUGUAUGGAAAAUUUGAUUCAAAUGUCUUUUGUGGUUGAUGCGUGUACAUACAGAGUGUGUAAUGGAGUAAUAACAUUCAUCUUUUCAUCAUUAUAAACACAUUGUGCUGAAAAAAUGAUGUAGUUGGAGGGACCCCUGCAGCGAGAAUGCUUUCAUUGCCCCAGAAAUAUUUCUCUCGCUUUGCUCUCUUUGCCGUUUUUCCUUGAGAGGGUCCAGAGUUUACGACCUCUGCCUCUUAAACCUUAAAUGUCCCCACUGGCACGGGACUGACUCUUCUGCCAUGGCUCUGUCUGUUUUACAGUCUCUCCCGCUAAGCCCUCCUGCUGUUGUAAAGGGGAAAAAAGCCCUUACGGGGAGUGGCCUUCCUACUCUCCUUAAAAAACAAAAUUAAUUCUUGGCCUUCCCACUCUGACCCAUAAAGCGAACAAAGAGUGCAAGUCAUCGGUCUUACAAUAGCUUGAUACAAUCUCAAAUGAAAGAGGCCAU